AUGAAUCCUUUGACGGUAGCGAUUUGCGUCGUGGCAUGCUUUAUAUGUUAUAAUAUCAUCAACGUUGCGGUCAAGCUUUUGAAACUCGGACUUCUAUCUGGUUAUGCACCUAAAUCGGAGGAACCCAGAAGUUUGCCUUUUGUAGGCGCGGCGUAUCUCGCGUUUGGCAACACUGAAGUUAUUUUGAAAAAGAUCCUUGAAGUGGGAAAAACGUAUCCUCCAUCUUUCCAAACUUCAUGGGGCAGUUUUUCAAUCUUCGCUACGGUUAUUCCUGAACAAUUCAAGGUGCUUCUUCUCAGUUCAAAAACCAUGGACAAAAACGAGUUUUACGAUUUCGGACGGCCCUGGGUGGGAGAUGGAUUAAUUACGGCUCCUGAGUCUAUAUGGAAAUUACACCGGAAGCUGAUUCAGCCGUCUUUCAAUCACAUGAUUCUAAAGUCUUAUGUAAAUACAUUUUCCGCCCAAUCGAUCAUAAUGGUCAAAAAACUGGAGCGUCACUUGGAUGGCCCAGAAUUUGAAGUAGACAAAUAUCUUUCACGGUGCACGUUGGAUGUCGUUUGCGAAACGACUAUGGGUAUAAAAUUAGAGGCACAGAAAAAUGACAGUUGUGACUACGCAGAGGCAGUGGAAAACGUGCUGUCAGCAAUGGUCAAACGGGCUUUAAGUCCCUGGCUGUACCCUGACUUCAUUUUCUACCGAACACAAAUUGGCAAGGACCAACAGAAGAACAUCCAGUUUCUGCAUGAAUUUGCUGACAACAUAAUACGAAAGAAGAAAAAAGAAAUUCGUCAACGUACGAGACAAAGAGAACCAGCUGACAACGAACAAGAUACAGAUAGCUUGUCGACACAUUUUGAGACAUUGAUAGACAAUCUCAUAAAACUAUCCGACGACAAUGAGAUUCUUACAGAUAAAGCGGUCCGAGAACAGGUUGAAACCAUGAUAACGGCUGGCAGUGACACGACGACAUUAACAGGAUCCUUUCUGAUGAUGAUGCUAGCUUCUUACCCAGAUGUGCAGGAAAAAGUCUACCAGGAAUUGACUGGCAUAUUUGAAGGAGAUGGAGGGUACGAUGACACUGGAGAGUUACAGAUCACGCCUGAAGCCAUGUCAAGCAUGAUUUACAUGGAAAGAGUGAUCAAAGAAACUAUGCGCUUGUUCCCAGUUGUACCUAUAAUUUUCCGGAAGGUGACCGACGAUUUGGUUCUAGAUCAGUUUACUCUGCUCAGAGGAAGUUCGGUCGCUCUCAGCAUUAUAGGAGCCCAUAGAAGUGAGAAGUACUGGACCGAUCCGUUGAAAUUCGAUCCGGACAGAUUUCUACCUGAAAGAUUCGCAGAGCAACAACCAUUCUCCUACUUACCGUUCAGUGGCGGUUCAAGAAGUUGUAUCGGAUCGAAGUACGCUAUGAUGUUCUUGAAGACACUUACAGCAACAAUUCUUUGGAGAUACGUUAUAAGACAGGAUAACGUAACACCAGUCAAAGAUUUAAGGAUGAAGAUGGAAUUUCUGUUAAGACCCGUGAUUCCUAUCGCAGUAAGGAUCGAGAGACGCACACGGAAGCAUGAUUUUGCUUGAAGCAGCAUUGAUCGUACACGUUUGAGAAUCCAAGUAUACGAGCUUCAUUAAUAGUUCGUUACCGGAGGAAAAUAUCGUUUCGCAAAUCGUUUCAGAAAAGAGUUAUUCCGAUUGCAGGAAA